AUGUCCAUGUCCUCAUCCACCACGGCAGCUGGGUAUUCCACCCCGAAAGCCGUUUGUGUCUUUCUUGUCAAAUUUGAUAAGAGACAAGGUUAUGAAUUAGCAUGGUCCAAGUCGUCGAACGAUUUUUCCCUCCAAGGAUUGGAGUAUAAGGCGUUUCCAUCAGGCAUCCACUCAUAUGAGGAAAACACUGUCUACCUUUGCCAGGAGCAUAAGGCAACCAAAUACUAUGGUCUCUCUCGCUUCAGACAACUCAAUCAAAAUCUGGGCUCGGAUAACGACAGGAGCAAAAUAAAAAUGUACUCCCUAGGUAUCUUCAUGGAACCAUUGAAGAACCAGUGGCAGCCCAACAAUUGCGGCAACAUUGGCUGGGAGCACCUCGAUGCCAUUGACGAAACGCUUUUAGCAUUUUUGAAAGAUGAAAAGACAGAGUUGUUGGAGGAAUUGUACAACAAGGUAACCGGAAGCGGCCAUUUGGACGUGAGGAAGACUCCAACGAACCCGAUUGAACACCAUCCGCUUUUCAAGCUUCCUACUAUUCUUUCAGCUGUGGGACCACUAAUUUUCCCUAUCUUCAAAGCGGCAUUGUUGCGUAAGCGAAUCCUUAUUAUCAACCAUUCAUCUCAAAGUGGAGAUUUAUUGCAUGAAGGGAACAACAGAGACUACGCUACAGUGGGUGCAUUGGUGUAUUUGAUCACAGUGAUUUCAGCAAUUCCACAAGAUGUCAUAGGUAAUUUCGGGGACAAACUGUUUUCUAAAGCACUCUAUACGAUUGGUCUUCCGGAUCUCGAUUCUCUGGCACUCGGGCAACCAGGGUUUCUAGGGUCUACAAGUGACGAGAUCUUGAAGCUACAAAAAAACUUAUAUGAUCUUGCUGUCUUGAUGCCGACCUCCGAUCUCGAUCUGUGUGAGGUUGCAGCAGAUGAUUCACCGCAAAAGGCCACUUUCAAUGACUAUACAAAAUUCCUCAAACUUUUCAAAAAGCUUCCACUGGUUAAUGGAACUUCGAGCAACGACGAUCUGUCGUCAAUUCGGACAUCUACAUCUUUCCUCUCGGCCCUCAGGAUUGGUAGCGCAGAAGACACUUUGGCCCCCUUCGAGCCACAAUGGUGGAGACGCCAUGCCACCACUCCCAUGUCUUGGAGAGAGUACCUCUGGCUGGCUUUUGCGUGGUUUGCCUCUGCUGGAACCACCAACAGAAGCGCCACGGAGCAGUACCUUGAAACGAUCGAGGAAGACCCCCUGGCUGACAAGACUGUAAAGCAGCAGUUCACAGAAUUAACACAUAUUGUGGGCCAAUUCCACAGCCUUGCAAAAAAAUGGUUCCUCCUUAUUGAUGAAAUUGUGACAGAGACUCUAGACGAAAAUGGCCAAGAGCGCAGAAGCAGCCUACUGUUAGAAGCGCCCUUAGAUCGCAAGAUAACCUUGGAACUAGCGAUUCAGGACAUUGUGGAUAUGGAGCUUGACCCCUAUUCCACGCAAGACCUUGAUUUCGUCAAAGACUUUGUUUUAUUCUACUGGGAUUACGCCGUGGACGAUGUCCAAAUUGGCAUUGGCCUCCACGGUUUCUGCUGCUGA